GUUCCUCCUGAAGAUAUAGCAUCUUCAUUAACUGUUUUUUAAGGCGUAUUAUACUUUGUGCUGUACCUGAGGAGAUAAUGAACAACCGCGGCCUACAAGAUCUUAUCCCUGUAGUUAAUAAGUUACACGAUGUUUUUUCCCGUUUAGGAAGACCUUGUCCGAUUAACUUACCUCAGAUAGCCGUAGUUGGAGGCCAAAGUGCAGGAAAAUCUUCCGUUUUAGAAAGCUUUGUAGGUAAGGAUUUUCUUCCUCGAGGCGCUGGGAUUUGUACCAGGCGGCCUUUGAUCUUACAAAUGUACUAUCAAAGUGGAGAAGAGUAUGGCAAGUUUCUUCAUACUAAAGAGAAGAAAUAUUACAACUUUGAAGACAUUAGAAAGGAGAUUGAAGCAGAAACCGACCGAGUUACAGGGAAAAACAAAAAUAUCUCGCCUUUACCAAUUAACCUUUCGAUAUACUCGCCUAAUGUACUGAAUUUGACUCUUAUUGACUUGCCCGGUUUGACUAAAGUAGCUAUAGGGGGGCAGCCUCGCGAUAUUGAGAAGCAGAUUAACGAUAUGAUCAUGGAUUUUAUUACUAAAGAAAACUGCUUAAUAUUAGCAGUAUCGCCGGCAAAUAUAGAUUUAGCUAACUCUGACGCUCUUAAGAUGGCGAAAUUAGUAGACCCUCAAGGACUUAGAACUAUCGGUGUUCUGACCAAAUUAGACUUGAUGGAUCAAGGAACAGACGCAAGAGAGAUUCUCACCAACCAGUUUUUACCUCUGCGAAGAGGGUACGUCGGGGUCGUCAAUCGUAGUCAAAAGGAAAUUGAUGGCAAAAAAGGCAUCCAAGCCGCUCUGGAGGCCGAAAUGGCUUUUUUCAGAGCUCACCCGGCUUAUCGCGAUUUGAACAACGUGGGUACAAAACGCCUUCAGUGCGUUUUAAAUCAGCAACUUACAAACCACAUUCGCGAUUCGCUGCCCGACCUUAAAAAAGCGCUAGAGGACGAGAUAGAGAAACUCGAGGAAGAAUGCGAGCAAUAUAAAGGCUUAAUGUUCUCGGCUUCGGAGCCUACGGUCCGGCUAAUGAAAAUGCUUAACAAGUUUUCCUUAGACUUCUUUUCUCGGAUUCUCGGCGGGCCGGACAUAACAUGUUUUUCGGAAUUAUCUGAAGGAGCAAAUAUAAACGGUAUACUUAGCGAUCGUCUGACCUACGAGCUUAGCAAGCGCGAGUACGAUGAACACCAGCUCCGCAAAGAAAUUGCCACUGCAGUACUUAACGUUAAAGGCGUUCACAGCGGAGUUUUCACGCCCGAUCAGGCCUUUACGGUUUCUCUCCAAAGACAAAUCUCACACUUUUUAGAUCCCUGUAUAAAAUGUGCAGAUGAGGUUUUGGAUGAGUUGAUCGAGGCUUUUCACAGCACCUCUGAAGCGUUUUUGCACUAUCCUGUGUUUAGAGACGCUCUUGAGGAUGCUGUGCUUUCUCUUCUUAGAGCCGAACACGAAAAAGCUGUAGAACAAAUUAAGAUAUUUUUUAGUAAUGAAACCGCCUAUAUUAACACUAAUCAUCCUGACUUCAUCGGCUUUAAAGAAGCCACCCAGGUUGCUGAAACUACUGAUCCCUACGAUAAUUCCGCAGACUUAAAAUGUACAUCGGCUAAUGUUAUUUUGCGACGGGGUUUCCUGACCUUGUCUUCGGGUUUGAUUAAGAAUCAGUUUUGGUUUGUGCUAACUAGCAACCACGUUUCUUGGUAUAAAAAGGAAGCGGAUGUAAAACCUGUAGAAACACUAAGACUAAAGGGUUUUAAAAUUCGGGACUCAGACUCUCAUUCUCACCGCAAAAAUGAAAUUGAGCUUUUUAAACGAGAUGGUGAGCAGAGAACAAGCGACCGAAGUUCACUAAUUUUAUCAUGCAAAGCGGCUAGCGACCUCGAUGGUUGGAAGGCGGCAUUUUUAAGGGCUGGCGUGCUCCCGUGCAAAUCAGAUGACUCUAAUGACGAUCUUCGUCUAAAAGAGCUUUCCCCUCUUAUGGAAAAACAAGUUGAGGUCAUUCGCAAUUUGGUGGACUCAUAUGCAAACAUCGUUACUAAUUCGGUGAAGGACCAAAUCCCCAAAAUUAUUAUGUAUCAAAUGGUUGUAACUUUAAAGGACCGUUUUGAGGCUCUACUGGACAAACUGCUCGAAGGAAAUUCGGCUAAAGUUCUACUUCAAGAGAGUACAGAGAAAAAGGAGCAACGGGAAAAAGAAUUUGCCUCGCUUCAACUAGCUAGAGAGGCCAUGGCCAUUAUCUCUGAAAUUAAAAUAAACACAAAAUACGAGUCUGUGCCGCCCCCCAUCCCCGAUGAAAAUGAUAUUCUUUCUCGAUUGGUUCAGGAACCCAAUUCUUCUGCUCAUUUUAAUAAACCAGCGGUCCCUCAAAGACCACGAACCGCUACGACAAGUUAUGCCUCCUAAUGAAUUACUUUUAAUUAUUAAAAAUUCGGUUAUCAAG